ACCACUUCAGAGGAGACAUAGCGGGGUAUAUGAUUGUGACUGACACUUUCUGCUACCACAUGUACCCUCGUUAUUGAUCCGAAUAUCCAAAAUGCCAUCUCUGAUUCACAAUCUCUCCUCAACCGUUGUUUCGCUGAAGUCCUGCCGCUGCCGCCUGCGUACAAGCUCUCCCUCAGCCACUCCUUCCCUUCAGACGACCAACAGUAUUCGACCAGAGACCUUUUUUUCUUGGUUUUUCCCUGCUGUUUCUAGGGAUUCGACGAGAGGAACAAGAGCUCCGUCCGCCACUCGUUUCCUGUCUUUCGCUUACUCAAUUCUAGUGUCUGUAUUGAAGGAGAAACUGGCAGCACUUGGUUCAUUUGGAGUAUUAGCUGAUCAUCAACUUCAAGCAAAGCUGCAAGAGCAUCACUUAAAAGGGUGAGUUAGGAAUGUUUGUUUGUGAGUUUUGUCUGACCUUAUAUGAAAGUGAAUAAAUGUCAAUGCUCAAAUCAGCUAGUUUUCCUGAAUUCUUUACUUUAUUCUUUAAUAAUUGAAGGCUUGAAUUCAAUUCCAAGUUCUUGACACCU